GUGGUGGAAAUGCCAUUGUGAUGACGUUUGGGGGAGGAGAGCGCAGAGCCGGUCGGCCAUUACACAGCUGAGUUUCGCUGGGAAGGUCGGGGGGAAGAGGAGCUACUGGCAGUGAAGGAAGAGUGCGGCUCAUCCCCUGCUACCCACCCGCUGGACCCAGGAACCAGAGCGCCUAAAGUCUUAGGGGACUUGAAAACGCCCGGACCAGUUUGAUUUCGCCGUUUCUGAGCCGAUUUCAGCUAUCUGUUCCGAAAGCCGAGGUGCCCCCCUUCGCACCGCUCUGCAAAGCUCCAGCUUCAGCCUUUCAGCGACGAAUUUCGAUAAGAAAAAAAAAGAAACGAGUCACUGCUCGAAACAACUUAGUGCUUAAAACCGCUUUGCCGUGUGUGUUUUUAAAAAUGGACGAUAAAGCCUUUACAAAAGAACUGGAUCAAUGGGUCGAGCAGCUGAACGAUUGCAAGCAGCUGACUGAGAACCAAGUGAGAACGCUGUGUGAGAAGGCUAAAGAAAUCCUGACCAAGGAGUCCAAUGUGCAGGAGGUGCGCUGUCCAGUCACGGUCUGUGGCGAUGUUCACGGCCAGUUCCACGACCUCAUGGAGCUCUUCAGAAUCGGGGGCAAGUCGCCUGACACCAACUACCUUUUCAUGGGCGAUUAUGUAGACAGAGGGUACUACUCAGUGGAAACGGUCACGCUUCUCGUAGCUUUAAAGGUUCGCUACCCAGAGCGCAUCACUAUUUUGAGAGGUAACCACGAAAGCAGACAAAUCACACAGGUCUACGGCUUUUACGAUGAGUGUCUGAGGAAGUAUGGGAACGCCAAUGUGUGGAAGUAUUUCACAGAUCUCUUCGACUACCUUCCCCUGACUGCACUGGUAGAUGGACAGAUAUUCUGCCUGCACGGUGGCCUUUCCCCCUCAAUAGACACACUGGAUCACAUUCGGGCUUUAGAUCGCUUGCAGGAAGUUCCACAUGAGGGGCCCAUGUGUGACUUGCUGUGGUCAGACCCAGAUGACCGUGGGGGCUGGGGCAUCUCUCCCCGGGGCGCAGGCUACACGUUCGGACAGGACAUCUCAGAAACCUUCAACCACGCCAACGGCCUCACUCUCGUCUCCCGCGCUCACCAACUUGUCAUGGAGGGUUACAACUGGUGUCAUGAUCGAAAUGUGGUCACCAUUUUCAGUGCUCCAAACUACUGCUAUCGCUGUGGCAACCAGGCUGCCAUUAUGGAACUGGACGAUACCCUAAAAUAUUCCUUCCUUCAGUUUGACCCCGCACCCCGUCGUGGAGAGCCUCAUGUCACCCGCCGCACCCCCGACUAUUUCCUAUAAACAGCAUCACAUUGGGCGCACCUUUGGCACCUGAAACUAACCCUGUAUCAAAAACACCAAGAGUACAAAAGCAAACAAGCAAAAAAAAAAAAGAAUUUUGUUUUAAAAAAGAAAUCAAUUCUGUGAGAUCUGUUACAACCUGAAAGCACCAACACGGACCAAAACGUGCCAUAGAAAAAAACAUUUAAAACGCGCAUAAGUUGCCCAGUGUUUCAGUGCUGCAACACAAUAUCCCAUUUAGCAUUCUGUUCUCCAGUCAGAGUUGCCUGCUGUAUACUAUUGGUAGUAAUGUUAUUUUGUUCCUGAACUGUAUAAUACAUAAAGUUAAUGUGACAACUUGCUUUAUCAACUUCUCUGGACAAUUGUACACUCUCAGUUGUAGCAAUGCCAGGCAUGUUUAAUAGGGUAUUAUUUUAUAAAGACGAUGCACAAGCUUAGUCCGUCUCCCUUCAGGCUCCCCCCCACCCCGCCAUACCAUUUGUUUUGGGAAUGAAUGCUUCAAUGGAGGGAGUAAAUUCUCCUGUUUGGAGGUGUAUGCUUUCAUGUAUAAGGACCCUCACUCUUCCCUUUUCCCUUCCCCCUUUUAUUGUCUAAACUUACUGUUUUGUGUUUUACUGUACUUUUUUUCUGUAUAUUUGUCAUGAAGUGAUUGCAUCUUAUUUGGUGUAUUUGAACAAAUAAAGUACUUUUGAUCGUAAACUACA